GAACAAAUAACGAAAUAAUAAAAAGGAACAGCAGAAAAUAUAAUUAAGCUAUCUAUUUUGAAAAAUGGGGUGCACAGAAAGCAGAGAACAAGUGACAUGCCCUAGGCCACUGUCUUCACUUUCUAGGCAUGAGUGGCUUACAUGGCGAAAAUGUUUCAGAGCCUAUAUGGACCACAAAGGUAUUCCUCAUUGUCAAAGAGGGGAAAAAUUUUUGAAAUAUAUCGGUUUUUUGGGAGAAGAACUCUCCAAAAAAUUCUACUUUGCAUACACGGCCCAUGAAACAAAAUAUGAAGUGCUGGAUUUCAAAUUUGAUGUGUAUUUUAUUUAUUCAUCCAAUGAAAACUUUAUAAAAGCUGACAAUCAGAGUUACGAAGAAUACAUUUCUCUGCUAAAGAAUAUAGCUGAAAAAAUGGACAAACCAAUUGAUGUAACUGUGAAAGAAAAAUUGCUUCAAGACUUCAAAUCAAAGAACUUAUUUAACAGAAUAAAAAAACUAGACUUGAAUUGCUGCAUAUCCAAUUAUGAGAAUUUGGCAAUACAUGAAUUGUUAUUUUUAUGGAAAGAAUGUGACAAUUUGGAAUCUAUCCAAGCCAACAAUUGUUGUAAACGCUGCAAUCUACAUCAUCCAUUUGGGAAAUGUUUUGCAAGAGGUAAAAUAUGCUGGAAAUGUGGUGAAAGCAAUCAUUUUGCUAGAUGUUGCUCAAAUAAAUUUAUUAACAAAUGCACCUCUUGUGGUUCGAAUCAUGAAAUAAACAAGUGUUCAGCUUCUAACAAGCAGUGUUCAAAGUGCAAAAGACUAAAUCAUUUUUCAUGGAUGUGUAACACUGACAUGGUGAAAGACUGCAUUUACUUAGCAGGAACCCACAGAAGUGGAUGCAAUCACUGUUUUGCUGGACAUAGCACCUGUGUGAUAUGCAGUAAGAAAGGACAUUACACAAGUCAUUGUUUUCAUAGAAAAUAUAAGUAG